AUGGCAAACAAAACACAGGAUGCUAGCCGCGAGCAUCUUCUGAUUACAGGUGUUACUGGUUAUAUCGGAUUCAAGACUUUAAUAAUUGCUCUCGAAAGAGGAUAUCGGGUUCGGGCAGUUGUCCGGAGCGAAAGCAAUAUCGAUGACUUGAAAAGUAAAAGCAUCGUAAUUGCGCAAAGCCUUGACGAAAGGAAGCUCGAAUUCGCUGUCAUCCCGGAUUUCCUCGAGAAAGAUGCAUUUUUCCAGUGUCUCGAUGGAAUCAGUGUUAUCAUUCAUCUAGCAUCACCUUUGGCAAUUGAGACCAAUGACUAUGAUGCGGGUAUCGUGAAGCCAGCUAUAGCUAUGGUGAGGACAGUCCUGGAAGCAGCUACUCGCGUAGGGUCAAUCCGCAGGGUGGUAUUGACUUCUUCAUGUGUGACGUUAAUUCCAUUUGAAUGGAACAUGAAUCCAGACAGCGAGAGACUAUAUACAGGUCGGCAUACCAUUCCAUCAAGCAAGUUCGCUGCAGAAACUCACGCUUCGUGCCUAAAAUUAGUGUCUGAUACCAAUACCAGCAUCACUGGUCCCUUUUCAAGUGCAAUGGAAGCCUACUGGGCAUCCAAAGCUCUAGCUCGAGUAGAGACCAAGAUAUUCGUCCGCGAUAUGCGUCCCACCUUUGACUUUGUGAACCUGUUACCAUCCGUGGUAAUUGGCCCAGAUGAUCGUCUUAACGCAGAUCCAACUGCGACUGGAGACAGCCUCCUUCAGGGCACCCGAGCAGCCGUGCUUGCACCCGCGCUAACUUCCUCGCAUAACUCCCCAUUCCCUUAUGUUGGUACUCCAGUACAUGUUGCCGAUGUUGCGCGGGCACAUGUUGACGCGAUAGAUUGUGGAGUAGUUCCUGGAAACUCGGAGUACAUUUUGUCCUCGGAUACUCCAGAUGGAGUAGUUUGGGAUAGAGAUGUGAAGGAGACUUGCAGGAAGAUCUUCCCUAAAGAGGUGAAAAGUGGAAUGCUACCAUUGGAAGGGUCAUUGACUGCAAUAAAAUGGAGGCUGGAAGCUCAGAGCACGGAAGAUACUUUCGGUUGGCAGUUCACCAGUUUCGAAGAAAGUUUGAAGGGUCUUCUUUCGCAGUAUUUGCGGCUGGAAGACAAGUCAAUCCGGUGA